CACUCAGAGAGAUUGCUGCGUUUCCAGAUACGACCGUCGAGACCGUGCAGCUCUGAUCUCGAGAGGAAUCGUUUCAGCGGUUCAAGUGAUUGUGAUAGUGCCGAUAAUGGUGCCAGAGAUUCAAGAGAUUCCGGAAUCUACAGCUCUCCAUCUCCGCCAGAUGAGCACCACGCAUCUUUGUCGCAAGUGCAUCUCAUGCAACUGAAGCAGUUUCUACUGGCGAAACAAGCAGAUGAGAUCGCACUGGCGAUAUCGCAUGAGCACGCUAAAACACUUCAAUUCUUUGAAUCUCCUGUCGAGUGUUUUCCCGAAUUGUAA